UGGGGUGAGCAAUCUUCACGGCGUGUUUACAUUGUACGCCCGACAGUUGCUGCAACAAAACGUAUCGCUGAGCAAAUUCUGGCGGAGCCGGAGCGAAGUUACUCGGUAAUAUUUGUACCGCAACGAUUGUAUAUUUGUGAAGUGGUGCUUGAACGGCGCGGAGUAUUCGGUAUGAUUGAUGUGUUCGAGCUGGAUCUGCCACUUAUCAGCAUCGAUUCGCAUUUGUUCAGCUUGGAGCAUCAUGAGUUCACUGCUUCCACUUUGGUCGACCACACGUUCGUCCACUUUCGAUCGGUUGCGAAAGCGCUUUGGCAGUUGCAGUCACUUUAUGGACUCAUUCCGAUCGUUUAUGGUGUUGGCCAGAACAGCGCCCAUGUAAAUAAACUGAUGAAAAAGUUGUACGGUGAACUGGGCGAACCACGUUCUUCGCCCGAUCAACCGGUUGGUCAUCUGUUUCUGCUGGACCGUAGCCUGGAUUUGAGCACCGUUCUCCUAACCGGCCUAACUUACGAGUCAAUGCUACAUGAUACAUUCGGGAUUAGUUGCGGUAAAGUAACAUUCGGUGACGAGGUCAACAAGCGUAUGAAAGGUGGUGCCGAGAAGAAUCGCCCCAAAGUGACCACCCUGGAUAACAAUGAUUCGAUAUUUUCCGCUGUGCGAAAUAUGCACAUGACGGCUGUCUUCCCAUUCCUGAGUGCCAAAGCAAAAUCGCUGCAAGCAAGUUACGAUAAAGGAUCAAAUUUGGAGCAAGUGAAGGAUAUGAAGGAAUUUGUUUCCAAUGAGUUACGCACUCUCAAACAGCAACAUAAACUGCUGGAGCUUCACAUAUGUGCUUGUGAAACUGUGCUCGAAAAGUGCAAGGGCAUUUCGGAUCGGCUGAGUCUGGAACAUUCACUGGUUUCGGGGAGCUUUGAUCCAAAUGAGGUGAUAUCCUAUCUGGAAGAUUGUAUGUGUGCUCAGCGCAGCCAAUGGCAGGUACUCAUCCUGGCUUGCCUGUGGUCCCUGACCCAAAAUGGCAUCCCAACAAAGUAUUUUACGUCUUUUCGAAGGCAGUACCUCCAUGCCUAUGGUCAUGAAAACCUACCGGUAUUGCAUUUUCUGGGAAAACAAGGUCUUCUGACUGAACGCUCCGCACCACAGCUGGCUGCUGUUCACAAGGUUUUAGCAAGCAGAUCGCAAUCCACGUCCUCAUUUUCCAGGCCAACUUUCCAGUAUCUUGCCCGCCGUAUGGCUCUUCUACCUGGCGCCGCCGAGCCUACCAUGGAUCUUCGAAAUCCAGAUCAAAUGCGUUACGUUUUCUCCGGUGCAUAUACUCCGGUGUUGUGCAAAAUCGUUGGCGAUACUGUAAGUAAUGGGUGGAAUAUGCAGGAAAUGAAGGCAACUUUUGGCGAUUCAGUUUUCUGUGAGCAGAAUUCGUAUACUCGAGCGAGUCGGCCACCGGAUAGUCGAAUUCGGAAAGCAAUUUUGGUCUUUUUCAUUGGUGGCGUAACGUACGCUGAAGUUGCGGCGCUCACAUUGCUCGCACAGCAUCAUAAUUUGCGCAUCAUUAUCGCAGCUACAAAUAUCAUUCAUCGUGAAAAAUUUAUCAAAGAAAUGGCUAACGUCGCUAAUUUGCAUGAGUAA